AUGGCAGGACAGGCAGCCGGAAAUUUUCUUCCUCUCUUUGACCCAGUUUUCACUGAAAGGAGUGCAGCUGAAAACAUAACCAAAGGAAGCAUUACGCUUCCAGAAAAAUAUCAAGAGGUGUCACAAGCAACAGUAGUAGCUGUUCGAUCUGGCUCUAGCAAGGGAAGGGUGGAGAGAUUCAACCAAUUAGUGGUGAAAGUUAGAGAUCAAGUUCUCCCAAAAUAUGAAGACUCCAAAAUAGUUCUAGAUGACAAGGAUUAUUUCUUGUUUAGAGAUGAUGACAUUCACAGGAAGUAUGUAGACUGA